CCGUGUUUUGGUUCGCCAAAUAGCUUUAAGCCGGCUUCCGAUGUGCUCUCAACACCCACUUCAAGGUGCUCAGAAAUGCCUGUUACACCGGGUAAAGAAUGGUGUCGUGACUCAGAUGACGCAUCAACUCUUCCUCGGCCCAAUAUGGAGGAGUCGGGUGAAUCUCAAUCAAAUUUCGAAAUGGAUGAAGAAUGUCGGCGUAUGUUUUACGGUUACUUAGAAACCUCAGUGACUCGGCGAGCACAGUCACCCUUAUCCUCGAAUAAUUCCUCGCUGGAUGAGUCGGAUAACGAAGAUCAACGUUCCUCGUCUCCGCCAAAAAGGUAUGGUCUGGGAUUUGUCCGUCAGAAAGAUAGCCAAUACAAAUAUCUCGGAUUUCGCUGUUAUGAGAGAACAGUUACUGUGCAGCUUUUGGUCCCCGACUCCGGGGAAAAUCCAAUAUAUGAAAUAACCAACCCACCGCCGGAUAAUCAUCGUACGCCCUCACCCACACCCGCGAUAGGGGAAGAGAUCAACACCGAAGAUAUCCAUUCAAUAUCCAACACCUCACACAAACAUGAGGAGGUUCCUACUUCAUCCUCACAUGCUUUCGCACAUUUAGAAGAAGACUCCAGAUCGACCGCAAGUAGUUUUGUGACAGUUUCCGAAGAUCCUAGUUCUGAGUGGUGGACCCAAUGGCAGACGCUGGUUGGUGUUCCUCCAUCAUCACCGCUAUAUAACAUAACCGAACAAGCAAAUCUGUUGCAUAGUGAUGACGUACAAAUUCCAUCGCAAUCCAAUGCUGCCGUCAUAUCGGACGAUCACAGGUCCCCCAACGUGAAGGAAGAUAAAUCAUUACCAGGAACGCCGGGACACGUUGUCGAACUGUCAUCACCAUCGAUGUCUUCCCGAUCGUCAUCCUCAUCCUCAUCAGCCUCGUCGUCUUUAUCGUCAUCCUCAUCCUCAUCAGCCUCGUCGUCUUCAUCAUCAUCCACAAGCCAAACGAUGACACCUCAUCAGCCAACAUUGUGUAGCAGUCAACCUUCCAUCGAUGAAGUGUUUAUACCCAGUAAGGAGAAUAAUAGCACACCAAGUACGAUCAAAUUGCCAGUCACUGAAAUCCCAACUGAGUCAACGCCAUCGUCCUCGACAGACAAUCCCGUGAACGAUAACACAUUUCUCGAACUGCCAAAUUAUCCCGAAAACCUACAAAUCCGUAUCGAGAAGUUUAAAAACAAUUGGAAAAAGGGACACAAACUGAAGCGAAUUGUUAAACAAGAUGGCAAGCAGUACCGCAUAAUAAUAUCAGCAGACGGGGUAGUGAAGGUAUCUCUCCGAACUUCUGCAAUUGGUCUCUAACAUACCUUCCUAUUCGACCGAGAUAUAGUCGAACCAAAGUGCCCAUGUCGGAGAAAUAAAAGGUUACAUAACACCCUAGGGCUUCCUGGCUAUUGAAACCCAAUAGCAAUAGAGAAAGCAAAUCAAGGAAUCAAAAAUCAGAGGGAGGAAGAGAUGCCAUGUAACGCCCAAAAGUCAUGCUUUCGUUUUUGGGGUACAUUAUUAUUUUAAAUACCAUUUUUACUUACGUCCCCUAGUAGAAAGAAGUAUACUUAAAAUACAACAUUGGAACCCCUGGUGGCAAAUGGCGGAACUACGCAAAACUGUCAGAUUGGGAUCAGCUGCUGUCAUGAGAAAACAACAAUCGUUGUCCAGCCAAAAAGGUAUAAAAGGAGACGCAUUUCACACAAUCGAGAUCAGUCUUCUGUUGAUGGCUGGUAAGUCAAGUGUGAUUGGGAGGAAGAAAAGGCGCGCAACCUCGGUUGAAUUGAGUCUUAGUAAGCCAAACAAUAAGCCUUGACUAUUUGUGGUGACUGGACUGGACUGAACGCAGGGUCAAGUGAGGGUUGUAGCAAUACUCCCUAUUCUUCGGGCUGCGUUGACGGCGACUGAA